AUGUUCGUUGCUGCCGUGACUUCGGUUCUUGCCAUCCUCCUGUACCUGUUCACCUCCAUCCGCGACGUCGGAGCGCCCUUCAAGGCUUCGCGGGCGUGCUUUUCGGACGCUUGUCUCAGAGACGCCGUAUUCCUGGACCAGCUGCUCUCUUGGAACGUCGUAUGGCCUUGCGACAAUUUCUACAUGUUCGUUUGUCGCCAGUGGAGAAAUCAGUUCGCCGCGACGCCGCUGGCCGGUUCUGUUUCAGCGGACGACGAUUACGUUGCGAAUGCCGAAGGAAAAAUGUACGCGAUUCUCGAAGACCGGAGUCAAGGCUCAAGCGUACUCCAGCCUCUCCGUGAUCUAAUGGACAAGUGCAUGGACGUCGAACAUAUUCAGUUGGACGGUUGGGACCCGCUGCUGGCGUUUAUGUCCGAAGCUUCAAUGGUGACCUUUCCUAUGACACCGCCUACACGACCUUCGUUAUCCGCGUGGAAGACAGCUGGUCACGUGCUUCGAAGAACCGGCACCUCCGCGUUGCUCAGCGUUGGCAUCGCCGCAAAUCCGCGCGUUCUGAACGAUGACAUUGUGCUGAUCGCGCCGCCCGAAAUGCUCACGGACAACAGGAACAUCGAUGUCAACGAGGCCGUGCGUCUCUAUACAGACGCUGUGUUCUCAGCCGUCAAGGCGCUGCGAAAAGAAUUUAUUCCUGCGGCUUAUACCUUGGACAUUGUCAAGUUCGCGGGCAAUCUCGAAAAGCUUUGCGAAUCGAAGUCUCGCGAAAGACAGUCCUAUGAUAUUGCCAGAGCUAACACGUCAUCGCACCUCUUCACAUUUGUUACCGAAGUACUUCGAAGUAGGGAAUCUCUCGCUCCGCGAGUACGAGCAGAUGUCUUGAUCCAGUCGCCGCACCUCGUCUACGAAAUUGUCAAGCUCGUCGAAAACGCGGAACUGCACACCGUUUUCAAUUACAUCUCGCUCAGGUUGAUGAUCCAGACGUCACCGUUCAUACCGCAAAACGACCUGACAGACUUCUACGGCACGCUUGUCCACGGCAAGUAUCAACAUUCGCUUCCGCGGUGGAAGCUCUGCCUUCGCGUUGUUGAGAAGACCUUGUUUCCCCUCGCCUACGUGUCGUUCCUGACUAACCUCAGUGCUCACGCAUCGCCGCUCAAGUUCCCCGACGCGGUCAGCAGUGCUGCGAGAGAGCUCCUUCACGGCGUGAAGACGUCGCCGCUCUUCAACGCCUUCUCGAAAGCUGCCAUCCAGAAAAUGUUCGUCAAGACCCGUUUCAAGGUGCUGGCUCCACCAUGGAUUCACGACGACGUACUUCUGAGAUCCUACUACCAAAGCCUGCCCACCAUAAAGCCGACGGACACAGCCUUUGGAUCCUACGUGGCAACCUUCGAGCGUGUUUUCGCGCAUACCGCAUCGCGCGACUUUUCGGAGCAGUGGAGCCACUCUGCCUUCAGCACGAACUGCUACUACGACGGCAGCGUGCGUACCGUUUUCGUGCCCCUGCUGGUGUUCAACAUCACGGCCGGAGUGGACGCUGCGGCCGAAUAUGCUCAAGUUCCUCGGGCUGCGUACCGCGUGGUCAAGUGUAUCCUGGACAUGCUGUUCACCUACGCGAAUUCGACGUCUGGUGACGAGUCGUGGCUGGACCUCGAGACGCGACGCAGAUUUGAAGACGCCGAGCGCUGCUUCGGUGGAUCGCCGGAUGAGGUUCCGCUGCGCCCGCGGGGUUUUCCGAAGCUGACGGACGCCCUGGCCAUGAAGUUCGCUUUCAACACCUUCCGAACAGCUACCGCGAGCUCUAGAAAAGCAUGGGGCCUGCGGCUUCCCCAUGGCAGAUAUCUGACCAAUGAUCAAUUAUUUUUCGUAUUUCUAGUCAUGCAGGCUUGCGAAAGAACCGGUGACCGCCAGCUGGCGGCUAAGGCCGGUGCAACCUGGAACGUCGUUCUUCGCAGCCACCGGGACUUUCACGCGGCCUUAAACUGCCCCUUGGGCUCCUCGAUGAAUCAAGCUGGUCAUUGUAGCAUAUGA